ACAGUAAGUAUAUCUAUGUGCGGAGGUCAGCACAGUGCAGAUGUACAGCGACUACAUCCGGGUAACUGUGGUGACCUUGGUUGUGUGAUCAUCAUGGCGGCUAUCGUCCGGUUGAGUUCUGUGUGUCGCAGAGGAGUUAAACCUCUGUUCUACCAAAGCACUUUGUUGGCCAGGCCGCUGGCUGUACCACACAAAUACCAGGAGCAGCCGCACCUGCUGACAGCGAGGAUUCAUGUGUCGCAGGCCCUGAACGCGGGCUCUGGCUCCAAAGCGGCCUCUCUGCACUGGACAGCAGAGCGAGUGCUGAGCAUCCUGCUGCUGGCCAUGGGGCCCGUAGCCUAUUUUAACCCUGGUCCUGCCAUAGACUACUCCCUGGCUGCUGCCCUGACCCUGCAUGGACACUGGGGUAUCGGGCAGGUGUUAACAGACUACGUUCACGGGGACGCAAAGAUCAAGCUUGCCAACGCAGGCCUCUUCGUUCUGUCCACGGUCACCUUCGCUGGUCUUUGCUACUUCAACUACAACGACGUGGGCAUCUGCAAAGCUAUCGCCCUGCUAUGGAGCAAAUGAAUGACUGUGGACUUGGAGGACUUGGAGGCUUGGGAGGAAUGAUCUAGACGCCGGGGCGGGAGCAAUCUCAUCCUGGCUGAUUGUAAAAAAUUCAAGGUGUUAUAUGUAAAUUCUUAUAAAUAUAUCAUUUUGACAAUAUUACAGUGAUUCACAGUUGUGUAAUUGUAAUUCAUGUUGAUCAAUUCAGGCUUGGUCUUUGUAUUAAAUUCUGUUCAGUUUAGUUACAGUAAUGAUUGGGCAACUUGCAUCCAUUUUCUCUUCUUACACAUGGUAGAUUAGCAUCUGUUUAUGUUCAAUAUGAACUCAAUUUAAGCUACGUUCCCCUGUAGAUUUUAUUCAAAGCCACAGCAACAUGUCCAGUUAUUAAAUGUAUCACUACCAAUUCUACAAAUAUGAGAUAUCCAGUAUCCUGACAUGUGGUCAUUAUAUUUUCUGGUGACAUUUCAUGAAAUUCAAUACAUGUUUUCAACAAGACUGCUAUGACUUCUAUCAAGUCCUACAGAAAAGUACUGUUUGACAUCUAAUUUAUUUUACAUGUUCAGGUCCUUUUUGUGGCUGAUUUCUUCUGUGUAUUUUGUUUCAAUCACAGUGUGUACAUACCACCUUAUGCUCUUAAACCCAUCGGGAACAACAGGGCAGCACUACAGAUUUGAGCAGUGUGUGUAUGAGGGUUCACAUCACCUUCCACACUAGACUCCCAUUUACAAAUGAUUCACAAGGUCCACUUGGUUUAUUUUGUCACUACAGCCUCAUGUCACUCAGCUUGAGCUUACUGUAGUGUCUUUACUGUCUGAUGGACAAGAACAAAUGCUGUGAGCAACUUAAAGUCAGAGGUUGCAUUGUGAAACCUUUACCCUGAGUCAAGCGUGCAUAUUGCACACUAGUUGGACAGAACUGUGGUUUGUGCAGAGAGCAGCAGGGGCUAAUGUUAGUGUUGGAGAAGACUUUGCUUGUACUGGCCAGUUUUAUUCAGGUAGGGCUCUGCUCUGCUGUUCUAUUACAGCUUCUUUAAAGAUAAAGGAGGCUAGAUCUGAAGUGUAUCAUCAAUACAAGCCAUCCAGCAACACUCAACCUACCGGUGCAUGUCCAGCAGAAUGGCAAUGGGUCUGAAAUUAACAGCUGCAAAAAGCCGUCCUCUGCCGAUUUAAAAUAUAACUCAAGACAGUAACAAUGUCAGUAAUAUGAACAACUGUAACAUAUUGAGUUGUGUUGUACUUCAUGUAUGAAUUACAAACCUCUUUCCAUUGUGUGAGUGAGCAAACGGCAAAUUAAAAAUUACACAUUUUAAAAAAUAAUCAAAAAUGUAUAUUUAUUUUGACCAUUUAAAAUCUCUUUGCAAAAGAGUUACAAAGUUAAUUUCAGGCACUGUUGCUAAAGUCUGCUGAAUGAUAAAGUUAAAUAUAAUAUUGUGCUCCUGUUCAUUUAUUCAUUAAACUUGCUGGCAGGCUAAUCAAAACUUCACGUUAUCAUGUAAUCUUGGAACAUUUACAUCUGGUAUACGCACACAGUCCUUGCAUGCAGCUAUUUAAAAAUGACAAAAAGCAUCACAUUUGUACUGCUUGACUGAGCGUUACAGUUUAUUGCUGUAAGAUCUGAUUUCUGGAUUCAGUCUAUUGUCACAAUGCUCGUGCAGUAAAUGUUAUAAGAGCUUACAAGUUUGGUGUUGGUCUGUUUACUCAUUGUCAAUUUGUAAUGUCUGUUCAAUUAAUGUUUCAGAUUAUACGCACAAAAUGAGAUAUGGCAAGAAAAGUGCACUGUUCCUGCCAUGCUGGAAUAAAGUUGGAUUUAUAGACAUUUU